AAAGAGACCGUCUAACUCUUGAACGUUUAGUAAAACCGCAGCGGCUUGAUGAGCGAUAGGCGGUAAGCAUGACGAGGCCCGAGAUGGUCUCGUACCCAUUGUUUUGAAUCUCUUCCCUCUUCCUUAUUUCAGCCAUAGCCUACCACCGUCACCUCCUCUUGCGCCAUUUCUCCUCCCAUCUGUGACAAGGCUGUUUCCUGCCAUUUGAAAAUAUACUUUUUUUUGUGAACCAUGAUUUCACAUAUUUCUUCCAACAAUUGCUUGAUUCAAGUAUGGCAUGGGGACCUGCAUCAAAGUGCCAUUUGUGCUGCUCCAUCCUUUUGCAGUGCCAUUGAGUUUCCAGCUGCGGUUGCAGGGGCAAAUACUACAUGUUCCAAAGCUGUCAGUUUAAGGAAAAAAUGGAAAUCUCCAAGAGCAGCUCUCGCUACUGAUUUGCACCUUCCAAUGCGCAGCCUUGAAGUGAAAAACAGGACAUCUGUGGAUGACAUUGUGAAGCUUAGAUUGAUCACUGCCAUCAAGACACCAUAUUUGCCUGAUGGGAGGUUUGACUUGGAAGCUUAUGACUCUUUGAUGCACAUGCAGAUAUCAAAUGGUGCCGAGGCUGUCAUAGUUGGGGGCACAACUGGUGAAGGGCACCUUAUGAGUUGGGAUGAACAUAUUAUGCUGAUUGCUCACACUGUCAAUUGCUUUGGUGGAACAAUCAAAGUAAUUGGCAAUACUGGUAGUAACUCAACCAGGGAAGCAAUUCGUGCGACAGAGCAGGGUUUUGCUGUUGGCAUGCAUGCAGCUCUUCAUAUCAACCCUUAUUAUGGAAAGACAUCUAUGCAGGGCCUGCUUUCUCAUUUUGAGAGUGUUCUCUCCAUGGGACCAGCCAUUAUCUACAAUGUGCCUUCAAGAACUGGCCAAGAUAUUCCUCCUGAUGUGAUAAAUGCACUUGCUAGGCGAGAGAAUAUGGCUGGGAUUAAGGAGUGCAUGGGAAACGAUCGCAUUGCACAGUACACAAACAAGGGUGUGGUUGUUUGGAGUGGUAAUGAUGACGAGUGUCAUGAUGCCAAGUGGGAGUGUGGAGCUACUGGAGUCAUAUCAGUUACUAGCAAUCUGGUACCUGGUUUGAUGCAUCAACUCAUGUUCGAGGGGAAGAACGAAGCUCUAAAAAAGAAGCUUCUGCCAUUGAUGAAGUGGCUGUUCUGUGAGCCCAACCCAAUUGCCCUGAACACUGCUCUUUCCCAGCUGGGCGUGAUAAGGCCGGUUUUCAGGUUGCCUUAUGUACCUCUUCCUCUAACCAGAAGGUUAGAGUUUGUCAAUAUUGUAAGGGAUAUAGGCAGAGAGCAUUUUGUAGGUGAAAAGGUUGUUCAGGUUCUUGAUGAUGAAGAUUUUAUUUUGAUCGGCAGGUACUGAUGAUGUACCCUUAGCCGAAGAGUUGUGUUGUUGGCGUGAUGGCAUCUGUAGGAUUUUGAUGGCCCAUUUACUUACUGCCGCUGUCCUGUACUUUUAUCAGAUCAAUGAAUCUCAUUAGUUGGUGAUAA